AUGCAAGAAGAAUGGGUCCCACCUAAUUGCGAGUUCUGCAUCGAUGAUCUAGAUCGGCCGGACUGGUAUUAUCCUUUCAGAAACAGUGAAUUUAUCCAUGUUGGUGGAUUGGGGGGAGACCGCCAACUGCUGACGUGCAUCCUACAUGGAGCAUACCGGUGCUGCUCACCAAAUGGCAUGUUGGAAAUAUGGGACAGCAACGUUCAUUUUCAAGACCCUUACGGCGAAACUGGCCUCCACCGUCUCUAUAAUGACAUGCAUAAAGCCUUUCGGAUGGACGGACGCUCACUUGAUCUUCCCCUCCAAUACCUCUCGGAAAUGGAAAGUCACGGCUUUACCAACGUUGCGGAGCACGUCUAUCGUAUACCACUCAACACGGCACAGCCGAUGACCCAGCAAUCGGUUGUGGUGAGCUGGGCAGACGGAUUUGAAGCGUACAGCAUGGAUUUACUGGUUAAGCACCUAGGAAAGCGCCGUCUUGAAGUUUUCCUCAUCUGUGCUGCCGCGCGUCAAGCCCUGCGGAAAGGGGUGGAAGGCUGGCUCGAAAUGUAG